AUGGUAGAGUGGCGCUUGCGGCGCGGGAGCUUCCAAGGCUCUUUGAAGAGCCCCGAGCAGCUUGCGGCGGCCGCCCGUGCCGGCGACGCGGAGCAACUGCGGGCGCUGCUGGGCCGCGGCUUCGGCGCGGCGGUUUCGGCGGUGUGCAAGGACGGGCAGACGGCGCUCAGCGCGGCGUGCGCCGCGGGGAAGGCGGAGUGCGCGGCGCUGCUCCUGGCCUCCCGUGCCGCGGUGAACUCCAGUUGCCGCGCCGCGUGCGGCGACGGCAAGACCACGCCGCUGCAUCUGGCAGCGGAGCUGGGCCACGGCAAGACGAUAUGCAUGUCGCUCCUGGCAGCACGAGCUGAUCCCCACUGCCCCAGCAGCGACGGGCGAACGCCCGCGGCCUACGCCUCGAACAACGAGGCGCUUUGGCCCAUCUUCGACGCUGCGGGCUGCGAGCGCAUACCGCAGGUCCGCGCCAGUGAGAGCCCGCCGGAGGACGCGGAGUGUUCCACGCGGCCCAGCUCCAGCACCAGCCGGCGUGGGCCGGGAUCCGUGCGCCCCAUUGACAUCUUGGCUGCGGAGUCGACGUCCUCCAUCCCCUCGGCCGCCAGCUCAUCGCGCCUGAAAUCCCUGGGCCUCUGA